AUGGCGGUUGCGGGAGUAGACGAGAAUUCUUUAGAGUACACGCCGACGUGGGUGGUGGCUCUAGUGUGCUUCAGCAUAUUGUUCAUUUCUAUCGCUGUUGAUAGAUUCAUUCGCUGCGCCGGCCAGCGUUUGAAGGAUCGCGAAUGGUGGCCGCUCGUCGGUGGCUCACGGAAGAUGAAAGAUGAGUUGAUGCUACUGGGUCUCAUAUCGCUUCUCUUGACGGUGUUCCAAACUGGAAUAGGGAAGAUUUGCAUAUCGGAGCGACUUGACAACAUCUUGCUUCCUUGCAAGAAGCCCAACUCUUCUUUCGUUGUCGCCAAUUUCAACACUAGUUCCUUUGCUUCCGAUGCAACACGAGGACGCCGCCUCCACUCCGUGGCUUCUCAUACCACAGAUUACUGCAGUAAAAAAGGGAAGGUGGCAUUGUUGUCUGUUGAAGCACUACAUCAGCUGGACAUUUUCAUAUUUGUGCUAGCUACCUUUCACGUGGUCCUCUGUGUGCUGAAAGUACUAUCUAUGAUAAUCCAAUGGAGGCGUUUGGAGAUAUAUGAUAGAGGGAUCAGAAGUAAACAGCGAGGGCGAGAAGUAUUCACAGAGAUUAUGGAAGGUUAUAAAAGCCCACUUGGCUCGUUCAGGUAUCUGGUAAGUCAUUGA